AUGACUAGAACCUCCACAGCUAGAGCCGCUCACUCAUCAUACAGGCAACACGACUCCUCUAGAGAGCACCAUGAGAACCACCAGUCAAGAAGAUCUGAGCGCAGGUCUCAAGAUAGAGACAACACUAACUCAGGUGACUUGAGAAGAACUCUCUCGAGGGACAACUCACGCUCUUCUUCUCACCCUCAUCCCCCCACAAGGAGACCUACUGCCCAAUGGGUUGAUUCUGGUAGACGCCUCCCUCCUCCUCUUACUUCAGGCUCACAUAGAAGCCCCUCAAGAACAUCAUCUCUUCCACGGGAAAGAGACAGAACCCUCUCUCCACUAAGAGAGACUCGACAAGAGCCCCCCAUAGAAAGAACAACCUCUGACCUGCCUCGCUCCUCCAUGCAGUAUAUUGCACCUGAAGACAUCGCUAAGGCGCAAGAGGAACUCCGAGAGUUUAUGAACCAAUACUCCAAUUGUGCUGAUCCUAUCGAGAGUGCUACAAGAAAAGAAAGGGUUAGACUCUCUGAAGAAAAUGGAGAUUUUGAACGAACAACAAUUAAUAUGGCUAUCACCAACCUCGUUCAUCGUAGUGACCCUACUACUCCACCCUCUGAACCAUGCCAAACAACUUCAGACGUGAAUGGGGAACAUCAAUCACUGGAGGUCUAUGCUCCCUCCUCCACUGAACAGCGACCUUCAGCUCUGGAUCGACUUGGACCAGUUCUGCCUGCUCCUAUUGUCUCCAUCGACUCCGCACCGAUUAAGAAAAGAUUGGGAAGGCCUCCUGGAAAGAGCACUCAAACCUCAGCAAAGCUUGGAGCCACCAGUGCAAUAAAGAAACCUCGUCGUACUGUACAGUCAAAGGGCUCUCCCAAAAGGCGCACUCCCGCAGCCAGAGCGCCUAAACCAGCUACAGGGGCCUCCAAAAGCUCCACGAGAGCGACGCCGGCACCUUCAACCACUAUCAUUCCUCCGGUGGCUAAAAGAUCUAUGGAUUUUCGGCCACCACAAAGUCCAAUUCCUUAA